AUGAUAUCCUUCUCAUUGGGUAUAAAUACAAUGUAUCAAUCUUAUAAUGAAAAUCGUGAAUUGGAUGAAGAUGGAAAUAUUAUCCAACAAAAAGAAACCUAUUCAAACAUAGGGAUAACAUUUCGUAAUUUAUAUUGGUCAUUUUUUGGUUAUCUUGCUCCAUGGGAUUAUAAAAUUGUUGUGGGUAAUGCUGGGCCUAAUCAGAAGCCUAUCGUACAUUCACUCACUAAUUAUGCUGGUGAAAUCACAAUUGCCGCAUUUCAUAUCACUGUUAUAAUGAUUUUACUAAAUUUGAUGAUUUCAAUGUUGGUUCAAACGGCUGAUAAAGUUCUAAAAAAUGAAGACAUGGAGUGGAAAUUCACUCGUUGCCAAAUUUAUUCAGAAUAUUUCGAGUGGUUUACCGCUAUUCCACCACCACUUAAUCUCAUAUACAAUACAAUUUGCGGAUUAUAUAGAACAUUUUCGAAUAAAUACAAAUUUAUUUAUCCUGAUUUAUGGAUUCCAAUUAAGAUUUUGAAACCAUCUCUAAACGAUGUUAUUGAGCAGGACUUUUUAUAUUUAAAAUUAAUGAGAUUAUUAUUCGAGCGUUAUCGAUUUGCUGAAGAAUAUCACUACCAAACGGUAAUGAAGGAUGAUACCGAUCGAUUCAUUAAUAAGGAAAAGCACAUGCGCCCGCUUCUUUCAUUUAUGAAUUCUUCACCGAUGCCAUAUAAAAUAAUUAUUUAA